AUGCAGGAUCAAGUGUCUACUGAUGACGAGUCUGACGAGUCUGACGAAUCUGACGAAUCUGACGAUAGUGAUGAGGUUCCCAACACCGUUGCAGAUGAAGUCGACAUACUGCAUUGCACAAUUUGUCUGGAAGAGUUUCCUGAGACUGAAAUCGUCGAAGUUCCCUGCGGACAUGACCUUUGCAAACCCUGCAUCAUCUGGUGUGUUGAACGGGCUAUUGCACAAGAAACCCUCUUUCCACCAAAGUGUUGUCAGCACGAAAUCCCCAUCGAAGUCAACUCUUUCCUUUCCCAUGACUUGGUGGAUCGCUUUGAGCAGAAGAGGCUCGAGUACGAGACAGUCAACCGUACCUACUGCAGCAACCAGCGUUGCCUGAAGUUCAUCCCCCCAUUCUGCAUCGACGAUGAUGACGCGAUCUGCAAUGACUGCGGAAAUGUCACUUGUGCCACUUGCAGGGCCGCAGCCCACGCUGGCCCUUGUGUUAGUGACCCAGAGACCCUGGGUCUACUUGCCCUGGCUGAGCGUGAGGGAUGGAAACGAUGCACCAAGUGUGGCCGUAUGAUUGAGCUAUCUCUGGGUUGCAACAGCAUGCGUAAGUUGAUGCUUGGUCGAACCACCAUGAGCAUAUUCUAG